UUAUAGCAGGCGUCAGGGUCAGGCUCGAACCCCCGACCUCCCUGUAUACCAGGCGAGGGGGAUAACACCUCGCCACCGCGACGCCCCACCAGCUUGGCUGUGCAGGGCUGUAAACGGAAGAUGAAUGCUGAUUUGAGCACGAAUUCACUUAAAUUAAAUAACGAACAAAUAUGUCAUGCUUGAACAAGUAAGCAGAUAAAAAACAGCAAGUGCCAUUUUUUUAAAUAAUAAAAAUGCUAGAAAAAAGAAUAAUCCGAGAGAGAUGUGUCGACAGCAUCGACCCCCCCGACCCCCCACACUCCUUCAGUGACGUCACGUUGUAAAGAGGCGGCCUCUCGGCACGGCGAGACCAGAAGGGAUCGCGGGAGUGGUGGGGGAGCGCUGGGCGGGCGUGACGCUGGGAGCGAGCGGGCAUCGCCAGCGCUGACGCCGACGCCGCAGCAGCAGCAGCGCACGCCGUUCGGGAGCUGUGCAGCAGAUUCGGACGCCCGUCUUGUCUCAGCCAUGGCUGUCAUUCCGCUGGCAUCUUCCGUCUUCGCCGACACCCCCUCUGUGCUCUUCGGGGUGCUUGGCGUGCUGGCGCUGGUGCUCGCGCUGUCGCUCACCGCCUUCGUGUGGGUUUGCUGCCAACGCGCGCCGCCACCACCGCGGCGCUCCUUCUCCUCCUGCUCCUCGUCCUCCAGGGGCGCUCGCUCCCGCACCCCCUACCGCUUCGUGCACAUGCUCAAGAGCGCCCACAUCUAUCCCGAGACGCUGGGCGAGCGCCGCCACCCGCUCGCCACCCUCAAGCCCCUGACGCAGCCCGUCGGCCGGUCCGGCGAGAGUCCCCGUCAAGGCCCCGCACAAUCGCCCGAUGCCGCCGCCGUCCCAGCGAAGGCGGUCGGCGCUCCGGUAGAGGCGCCGGAACUGGGGACGCUGUCGUUCUCGCUCCAGCACGACGAAAGGAAGGAAGCACUGCUUGUCCACGUCAAGGAGGCACGGGGCUUGCCUCCGGCCGACGAGCUAGCCGCCACCACCACCGACCCUUGCGUUAAGCUGCUGAUCCUCCCCGAGCGGCGCUUCAGGGGGCAGACGCGGGUCCUGCGUGGCACUCGGGACCCGGUAUUCGAUGAGACGUUCGCCUUCUACGGCCUGAGCGCCGUGCAGAUGGAGGGCUCCGAGAUCACUUUCGCCGUGCUUAGCUUUGGGCGGUUGUCCCGCGAGGAGGUGAUUGGGGAGGUGACCGUGCCACUGGCAGGCAUCGCCGCGGGGCCUGAGGUGGUCGCCUUCUGUCGCCACAUCGUCCCACGUGGGAUGCAGAAACCUGCCGGGGUUGGAGAGCUUUUGGUCUCUCUGAGUUUCACGCAGGCCGACAGCCGCCUGACCGUGGUCAUCUUGAAGGCCCGGGGUCUUCACAAGAGGGACACUGGCUCGUCGCUCGGCGCGGCGUGCGUGAAGGUGAGCGCCUUCGCCGGGAGCGAGCGCGUGCUCAAGCGCAAGACCCGCGUGCGCCGGGCCUCCUCCGGAGCCCUCUUCAACGAGUCCUUCGAGGUGGCGCUGGGCGGCGGCGCCACCAGCCUCGAGCUGCUCGUCGUCGUGCACGCGGGAGCCGGCGACGAGGAGGAAGAGGAGGCGGGGGAGGAGGGCGACUCCGACUCCGCCGACGGAGCGGGGCCGUCGCCGCUGGGCCGCGUCGUUCUGGGCGCCGGCGCCGCGUCCCCACGCGCCCGCCAGCACUGGCAGGAGGUGCGGGCCGGCGGGGACGCGGCGGGCCGGCCGCUCGCCCGCUGGCACGCGCUGCAGCCGUGCUAAGCGCGGCGCUGUUGGGUUGCGGUGGUUGGUGUUGCCCCCUCCUUCACGGCCGAGGGGUGGGCGGCGGUUCGCAUUGCUUGGACACGAGACGAGAUGCGGCGACUCGCGUCGUCGCGUCUCGCCUCGACACGCUCGGAGUGCACCCCCCGAGCGGUAGCCGUCCCUGUGUGGCACCUGGUGACACUGCGCCUGGCCUUCAGGCGGGCAUUCGUCUGCCAGUAGGGGGACGACGCUGCUGUGUCUGUGUGUGUGUGGAGUCCCAAUUGAGUAAUUUGCGGUGUAAUAUUUCGAAUUUGAAAAAUAUGGAGCAUAAUGACGGUGGCACACGAUGGCGCUACUCUCGCGAAUCAUGUUAGGGGAUGAUUAUCAACUGUGAUUGAAGCAGACGGCGCAUAGCAUUUGUACGGCUCAUACACACACCGCAGUACUAACCAGGGCAGCCUGCCCCGUUAGAACCACAAACCUCUGCAACAAGCGGCAAACGCGCUACCGCUGGGAGCACGUGACCACGUGUUGUACAGCAUGAUGUCCGACGUUUCGCUGCACGUGCUGAAAGCUGAAGGAGCUCCACGUGCUCUUGAAGACGCACGCGGCAAAUCUUGACUUAAAGCUUUCGUGACUGCAGGAAUUUAUAAUCUUUGGGUCUUUCGAUAAAAUCACGUAGAUAGGUUCAAAAAAAUAACAAAAAACUACGACGUUUCGAU